ACGUUGAAGCUUUGGAUACUUCAAACUCUCCAAUUAAGAAGGCAUUACAAGAAAUAAGGCUUUGGAAUAAUGUUAAAGAAACUUUAUUCCCUAAGCAAUUACCCAACAGUCUAAAAACAUUUAUUAUAAACCAAGUUAGGGCUGGUAAUGCUUUAAUACCAGAUGAUGGUGAUUGUCUGUUGUACCGAAAACCCCAAAAUUUAAUUAAUUCAAUAAAAAGAUUGUGGAGAAUGCCUAUAUUACAAUCGCAUUCAAUUAAAGUUAAUGAAUUAUCAUGUGCACAUUAUGUUUUACAACCAAUUGUAAAUUUUAUUGUAGAUUUUAAAGAAUCAGACAUAUAUACAAUUAUAAAUAAAGCUAGUUUAGAAAGAAAUAAUGAAAAAGAGCUGAUUAAAAAAACGAUAUAUGGAGAAACUGUUUUAGAAUUGUUUAUUAUUGAUAGAAGAAUUGCACCAUUGUAUCGAAUAAGAAGAUUAGGAAUUGUUGAAAUUUCUUUUUUGAAUAACUCAGUGAAUAAACUAAUAAAAUUAAUUCAAUUUCUUUAUACAUUUAGUAUUCAUAUUGAAGAAAAUUUGAGACUUAUUAAAGAGAUAUUUAAUGAAAAUUUGGACAAAGAUCAUAAUAGUAAUUAUAGUAGUAAGGGUAACAAUGAAGAAAAGGAUAUUUAUAAUGAUGAAGGGGAGGAAGGAUAUGAAGAAAUUAAAAUGUUUGCAUUUAUUCCAACAUAUACUACACCUCGAUCAUCUAUUAAUUAG